UCGAUGGUGAUGACACGUCCGGUUGCCGUUUAAUUCAUCGCAGGGGAAAGUAAUGGCAUGUUUCAACUAAAGCACCGAGACUCGGAUUCAACUGCAUUUAUCGAGCACUUUCAAACAACCGCCGCUGUCUACAGAGUGUUGUAUUUUCUAAAAAUAAAGUCUGGCUUCAUCUUCCGCAUCACUGUUGAAACGCACGCGCGUCUAACGGAAUUUACAAAAAAAGAGGAAACCAACGCCGAGUGACUUGCUGCUGAGAACAAGAACCAAGAUGAUCGACAGACUGAGCGAGCUUCGCGCCGCCGCCGUCUCCAAGUCACCAGAAUUGGUUCAGUUCAGCCCGGAGGAUGAGUCGACCGUGCCGCUUUUUGGCUGCGAGAAGGAGAUGGAGGGCAUCCACAUGGAGGUCCAGGCCACCAGGAAGGAGCUCCUGCUCCUCACCAUGGACGUCAAGCGUCUGGGGGAGGAGAGCAGUCGCUUCCUCACCUCGGUGCGGCGCUUCAGCAGCAUCAAGCGGGACGCCAACGUUCUGGGGCGCGCCGUCAAGACCCGCGGCGAGGCGCUCAUCGGCCGGCUGGUGAAGCUGGGAGAGUUGAGCGAGGAGUUGGCCCAGGUGCACGGUGACUCCUCGGUGGUGGCCCGGGUGGCCCGGUGCCAGCACGCCGCAUUGACCGGGAGCUUCCACCGGGCCAUGUCGGAUUACAACCGCGCCGAGAUGGAGCAGCGGGAGAACUGCAAGACGCGCAUCCAGCGGCAGGCGGCCAUCGUGGGGAUGGAGAUGAGCCUGGGUCAGAUCGAGGAGAUGAUGGAGACGGGGAAGUGGGACGUGUUUGCGGGGAACGGCCUGCUCAUGACUUCGCACGUGCGCGGCGCCCGCUCGGCGUUGAGCGAGAUCGAGAACCGCCGGCGCCAGCUGGAGGAGCUGGAGGGCCGCAUACGGGACGUGCGCGACCUCUUCUUCCAGGUGGCGCUGCUUGCCGAGGAGCAAGGCUGCAAGGCGGAUCUCAUCGAGGCCAACGUGCGCAGGACCCGGGACUACAUGGUUGCCGCCAACAACAACGUGCGGCGGGCGAUCAGGUACAAGAAGGAGAACCCUUGCAAGAAGAUCUUCUGCUGUUGUUUUCCCUGCUGCCGCUGAAGUUGAACGAGGCAAGCCUGGGACACAAAUUGCCAUCGUCCUCCGCAGGG